AUUGCGUUAAAAAUUACAAUAAGUAAAUUUAAUAAAUUAUUUAAGACAAGUCUGAGUAACAAGCUUGUUAGCAGACACCCGUAAUUAUUUUUUUAAAUUAUUCAAAUAAAACGACAAAUUAAAAAUCGAUUCAGUGGUGCCAACGUAACAACAAAAUUACUACAAAUCCCUAAUUUUUUUCUUCAUUAUCGAAAUACAAAAAAUAGUGGUUUAAAAAUGGGUGAAAUUGCGUUAGCCCCGGUCCGUAAAAUCGGCCCCAAUGCCCACAAACAGGGCCCCCCUGUGGUGCUGGAGUACGGCACAGCCCCCACAAAAUUCGGGAAUUGCCUAGCAGCGUUUCAGGCACAUGGCAACACUCUCUGUUUCCUCAAAUUCUACGACGGUGAGCCCCCUUUGGGAAGUUUAAGACAAGCCUGGCCCAAUGCCACUCUACACAACGAUUUGUUGAUUUCCUCAAACAUUGAAAAGUUGUUUGAGGGCACAGUUUCGUACAAUUUGUUGCUCAAAGGGACAGAUUUUGAGGUUGAGGUGUGGGAGGCCCUUUUGAGGGUGAAAAAGGGCAAGACUGCGAGUUAUGAGGAUAUUGCAAAGGCUGUGGGGCGCCCUAAGGCUGUGAGGGCCGUAGGUAGAGCCGUUGGUAAGAACCCAAUCGCGUAUGUCGUGCCCUGUCACAGAGUUAUCAAGAAAAAUGGGGCUGUUUAUAAGUAUGCGUCGGGGGCUGAGAGGAAGAAGAGGUUGUUGGAGGAUGAGGGGGCGAUUUAAAUGCUUGCUACAUUGAUACAUUUAUUAUACUUAUUAUUUUGAAGGUCAUAAUAAAUUUUUUUUUACAAAG